UCUAAAGUGAAAUUUGGAUAUCCAAAUUUAGCGUAAAGUGGUAGCAUAAUGUUCGAGGACUUAAGUUUACGGUAUUUGUGCUAAUUUUUAAAUGCAUUUCAUAAUUCUUUAUUGUCCACACUGGGUCAAGUAGAUCACGUUUUAAUCUACAAUCAUGUGUGAAAGGAAAAAUUAAACCCUUUAGUUUAAAGUUGAUAUUCAACCCCGUUCUGUCCAUUGGAGAUGACACUUUUCCCUUUAUUUGAAUUGUGUAAAACACUUUCUGUUGGCUAUUCAAGAGAUGAUAUUACAGAAGUUAUCCUAAGUACAUAUGGGGAAUAUGGAAAUAGAGGCAUUCUUGCAUUAGUUUGUAACAAUGGCUAUCUUCUGUUACGUCAGACCUCUUCCAUCACUUCUAAGGCAGUUAUUAAACAAAUUCCAUGGUUUAAGCAAAGUGAGAAAGCCAUAAAAGCUCUUUGCUUUGAUUCAUCAGCAUCAUGGCUUCUGGUUGCCUGUGCGGAUUCGAGUCUUUACAUUUUACCGGUUUUAUUCUACUUGGGCCCUGCAAUAAAACCUAGUUGUCUAUGGAGAACAGAUGACCUAACUGAAAUCAAACUUCAAGGACAGAGAGCACUAUCACGCAGGUUGCUGUCAAUGGUCUUAUCUACCAUUAUCCACUAUGAGAUUGAUUGUUAUAUGGGUCAACCUCCUUCUCCUGAACUUAUUUGCAACAGAAUUUUUACCAUUAGUCAUGGUAGCAAGAAUAACCUGAAGAAGCAUAGUCACAACAUUGCAUAUUACCAUCCAGAAUGCAAAGACAACCACCUUCUCAAUUUCAUUAUUUUUGUGAACCCAACAACAGAUGAUAGUGUUAUCAGAGCAGAGGUUCUAUUCAGCAACUUCAUCUUUGCUAACCAUUUUACCAAGCUUUGUAAGAUGAUGUUUUCUGACUCCAAGAUAGCUCAGAAGUUUCACUGUGGUUGUACAAAGAGAUCACAGGUGGUCAAGAGAUUGUUAGCUCCAGCCUUGCACAGUGAAGUUGUAGAUUACUGUAGGAAGGAACCAUUCUCCCUUGCAUGUGAUGAGAGUAAUGACACCAACUCAGAAAAUACCCUUGUCAUUCUUUUCAUCAACACCAGGGUCAUCCACAGUACAGAAGACAUCACCAAUGUUCCUUAUAAGGAUCCUACAUUAUACCUGGAGGAUGAUUUCUUGACUGUUGGUAUGCCUUCCAGGAGCUACAUAGCAUCUCAUGAAGAUGAACUGGAGCCCUCCAUGAUGGACAGAUUCUUUAAGGUGAUCAGAUGUUUCUAUACUGCUGUUGUUGAGAAGAUGCUGGUCAAGUUCCCCUUUAAGGGUCCUUUGGUGAACUCUCUUUUCCUUUUGCCAGAACAGAGAAUAGACACGAACCCAGCACAUAUCAUUGAUCUGUGUCAGAGAUUCCAUUCUAUCGUUCCAGUAGAUGGCCAUCAGGCUGUAAAGGAGGAAUUUAGAGACUUUCAGCUUUGCCAUGGUAGUGAUCUUCCACCAGCAGAUACCUCAGUUAAUGUAUUCUGGGCAGAUGUCAGGAAGAUGAAGGACUCCAUUACCAAACAGGAGAGAUUCCCCCAUCUGGGUAGAUUGGCUAACAAUAAUGUAGAAUAUGAAGGAGUCUUCUCCAUGGUUAUAAAGAUUCAGACUGACCAGAGAUCCCUACUGGACAUAACAACAUUAGAGACUUUGUUGAGAACCAAGAUCAACAGAGAUGAGGAGUGUUUCCAGUUAAAGCCUUCUGCAACAGUAGGAGAAAUUUCCUUUAUAAACCUCAAGACACGUCGAGAGAUAGGAGGAACAUACAUUAAUACAUCUGUCCAGUCUUUACAUGUUCUUUAUAAUGAAAAAAGUAGCACAUCUUAUUUACUGAUUUCGGGCACUAGAAAGAAGCACUGGAAGUUGCUUUUAGAAGAAAAAAAAUUAGGAUUCCUUUGGCCAGGAGAUUCUGAGAUUGAGACAAAAAAAGAACCACUGAAUGAAAAAAGAACGGUGUUUGGUGGUGAAAGAUCUUCAGAUGAAAAACAGCUAGAUCCAAGGCCUCAACAUUUAUCGCAGUAUGAUGACAGAGUUUUUCUUACACCCCAACAUGCCAGAGGACGGCAGCUACUGACAGUUCGUAAUCCCUCCUCCAACAUUUUACAGGUCUAUGAAAGCUACUUUGAAAGUCCAUUAUUAUCCUCUUAUCGACUACCUUCUGAUUGUGGUAAUAUCAUUCUAACUGAUAAGCUCUUGUUUUUAACAUUACCAGAUAACUUGGGAGAAAAUAAACCAAGACAUAAAUUAAAAAUACUGUCAUGUCAACUGUCAGAGGUGUCAGGAGAAGGAGCUAAAAAGAGAGAAGCUUAUGAAGCUGAAGUUCAAACUUUUUCCUUUCCUGGGGAGAUAAUUUCUUGCCAUAAAAAGUCUUCUUCUGUGAUGUGUACUGACAGUCUUGUUGAGCAACUGUCAGAUCUGUCUUGUCAUUAUGACUUCCCUGAUGAUGUUACUGUCAAAUUUGCUACGGUGACUAAAAGUGGAAAGGGAAUUCCUAGACCUUCAAAUAUAAACUUGAAAAAAAAUAGUCAUCGUAUUCACAAAAUUGAAAAUGAAUCGGGUUUAAAGAAGGAUCGGGAACGGCUAGCAGUUGUUGGAAAGAGAAAACAUUCGACCUUAGAGAAGUGUUUUAUUUUAGAAAAUCUUAUAAGUGGCUUUUACAUAGUCACAAAACACUGUGUAUUUGAAUGCAGACCACGGGUCACCCCUGAAAAAUUAUUUCUAAGUCUUACAGCAAGUCCAGCAGACUUGCCAAGGGCUGAACAUCUUGGAGUGAUGUUAUCACUUGACAUAAACUAUUUAUAUGAAGUUGCUGCAGAUCUACAGCUAGCUAAUGGCCAGUUUGCCCAAGCUGUUCGUCUGUAUCAGCUUUCAAAGUGUCCUCAAUUGAAAAGGGUGGCCAAUUUCAUUAGUUACGGCUAUCUGUCGGAGCUAUUGGCAUAUGUUCAGGUUUUGUUCACCACCACAAUCACAGAAGUCCAAGCACCAGAUAGAGUCCAUUUUGGUAACUUAGCUGUUCAUUGUUUUGUUCAACAAAUUUUGGAGAAGACAGGAGAAAAAUUAGCUGUUGUUCAUGCUUUUAGGGACUUUCUGCGUGAUAAUAUAUACUAUAAUGAAGAUGUUGCAGUCCGGCUCCUAGCUGAACAACAUCUGUAUAAACACCUGCACUACUGUGCCAAGGUUCGAGGUCAACAAACAAAGAUGUUACAACACCUACUAAACCAUGAAGAGCACUGUCUUAAGGUAGAAGAAGAAACACGUGCUCUUCUCGUCUCCAAAGGCCUAGCUGAUGAGAUUUUACAUGGUAUUAAUGAUGAUUAUAUACAAUGUAUAACUUCACCUGACCUGCUACAACAUUUAGUAAGUAAACCUCAGCUUAUGAGAAGUCACCUUGAGCACCUUGCCCAGUUCCUGGCUCGACUGAGGGCUGAUCAGCUUUGCGAGAUAGCCAGUCUGUACGACCCAUCCCAACCUGCUGCUAGACUAGCUUUUAGAAAAAUUUUAUCUAGUCCUCAGUCUCAAAGCUUCCUCAGUUGCAGCGUGAGUUCUCUGAGUUCAACUUCCAGUGAAAUCUUAGAUUUUGUGCAAGGAGAUGAAGGCACAGUUACCGAAGAGGAUAUGAUCAAAUUCUUCAUAUUUGUGCUGCUUCUUUUGAACCAUAAAAGAGGAUCAAGAAAAUUUGAUAUGAAAUUACUCCAGUCUGACUUCAGAUGUCCUGAAGAGGAUGAAGCAGAUAGUACAGACAUAAAGUUAAGGCCUGAAAUUCUAGUGCCUAAAGAGGAACCUUUGGCUUGUGGUUUAGCUCAUGCAGGUUACAUACGAGAUGGAUCUUUGUUCAUGUGGGGGAAAUCUACUCUGGGACGGAUGUACAGUUGGGGAUGGGGAGUACAUGGCCAACUAGGAUUAGGGAACCCAGAAGACCAAGAUCAUCCCAUCUUAGUGAAGUCUUUGCUAGAUAAACAAGUCAUUGCUGUUGCUGCUGGACAGGGACACACUGCCAUCUUAACAAAACUGGGAAAAGUGUACACUUUUGGUUGUGGAAUGUUUGGGCAGAUAGGACAAGGCACAUUAAGUAAACACUGUUGGCCUCAGCAUGUAGAUUUACCAGAAACUGUUCACAUGUUAUCUUCUGGAUAUUUCCAUGUCAUUGCAGUAACAACUACAAACAAGCUGUACAUGUGGGGUUGCAAUCCCCAAGUGUUGCGACUUCAGGCACAGUCAAGUCGUCGAGCCAGGCAACACUCGGGGGCUAACCGCCCACCAGAAAUAUCUUCAUCUCCUGUGAUUCCUAUGGGAAGCUCAAAACAGCCAUUAUCUUCUAGUCGACCAACAGAACUAUCUCAGGUUCAUCUUCUGCCAAGACAUAUAGACACUUCUGUAGUUCAUGGACAAAUAAAACUGGUGGCUUGUGGAAGUCAUCAUUCAGUGCUGUUGUCAACAGAUGGAGAGGUGUAUUCUUGGGGUAGGAAUAUGGAGGGACAAUUAGGUCAUGGUAGUCGAAAGGAACAAAAAACCCCUAGCAUGGUACUUUCCCUGAAUGACAAAAAGAUGAUAUCUAUUUGCUGUGGCUCUGACUUCACUCUUGCAUUGGACAACAGAAAUAAAUUGUGGGGUUGGGGACAAAAUGACUCUGGUCAAUUGGGACAUAAGAGUAGUGUAGAAGGAUUUGUUCGGCCAACACUUACCACAUCUACUAGUGCCAGUAGUGGUCGGGUUAUAACAAUUCGUACCAAUCGUCGAAUGAUCACAAUUACUCAGGGAAACCGUCAAGGAGAGCUGAGGCCCGUAGAGAUUACUACAAUUCCUGAGCCUACUAUGGAUGCUCAUAUGGACAUUGAUAGUUUUGAUAUCAGUCGUACUAUGCCACAUAUUAUUCAUUAUUAUAACUCAAGGAUUGAGAACUUCCUGUCUCUACCUCAGUUGUCAAAGUUAGAUUCUCCACCAUAUGGUCCAUAUGCUCUUCAUGCUACCCUAAAGUCCUUUCUUCAUUGUUGUGAUGUUACCACAAUUCUAAAUCACUGCAUCUGUUUUGGAGAUCACCAAGCUGCUGCCAAAGUUUAUAUGUUGGAGGGACUUUAUGCACAGGCAUUGGAACACCAGUUAAAGGCUUUAUCCAUGGAGAAGAGAUCAAGUGAGGAGAUGUUAGAAGAAGCUGUGAAGAUUGUUCAGUUUUAUUUUCAGUCUGUUAAUCAGGAAAGUACUGAGGCUAACCAACAUUUAUUAGAACAGAAGACAGUUAUAAGAAAACCACAAGCAAUUUCAAACACUAUAGAAGCGCAUUGUAUGAUAUUCCCAGGUAGGAUGUGCAAAUUAAGUAAAACAAAGACAAAUGAGGUGAAACUUCAAGUACACCUUCAUCUAAAACUAGGUGGUCAAGCUUCACACCUUCAGCACAACAGGAGCUAUAGUGGUCGAUCUUCACACCUUUAUAUAAAAGGAAACUGUAGUGAUCAGUCUCCUCACUUUCAUAUAGAAGGAAACUGUAGUGAUCAGUCUUCACACUUUCAUGUAGAAGGAAACUGUAGUGGUCAGUCUCUUCACUUUCAUGUAGAAGGAAACUGUAGUGAUCAGUCUGCACACUAUCAUGUAGAAGGAAACUGUAGUGAUCAGUCUCCUCACUUUCAUGUAGAAGGAAACAGUAGUGAUCAGUCUCCUCACUUUCAUGUAGAAGGAAACAGUAGUGAUCAGUCUCCUCACUUUCAUGUAGAAGGAAGUUUAGUAGUCAGUCUUCCAAGUAGACCUUUAUUUAUUAGGAACCUAUGUGGUCACAAAGGAUUGUUGCUCCAUUAUCAACUGUUUGUGCUGUACUAUCCUGUGGGACUGUUGUUGUUCUGUGGAAGUGUGAAUGAAGGUAAAUCACAGAAAAUCUGCACUGAUUUCCUCAGCUGUCUGUCUCCUAAGUUCUGUCUGACUGUGGCAGAUUUCAUGCUUCAGAAUAUCAAUGCUGGAAAGCCCCAUGAAGAACUGAUGGAUAAAAUGAUGGCUUUGACGGGAACUAGCGACCUUAUGCAUCAAAUUAACCAGGCUGACACAGUGACUGGCUGGGAGGCUAGGAUUCCACCUCCUCGGCUCUGGCAAGAAGUGCUGAUGAACUUACAGAAAGGUGUUAUCUCCCGUAAUAGUAUUGAACUUUCUCCAAAUCAAGUAGAACUGCUCACGAGAUCACUGAUGAAUGAACAAAUUCAGAGACCAGAUGUGCCUCCUAAUUUUCCUAGACACGGUGGAACAGCAUCACACCAAAGUUCUGCUUCUUCCAGUCAUGAUGUAGUGCUAUUCACUUGUGGCCAUCACUAUACUCGUCACGUGUUCAGAACAUCUAUACUUCCAGGGUUUCAGGAUAUAGUACAGAAACUGCCAUACAUGCUACCUCAGACCAUGAAACAAUUAAUGUUAUGCUUCGAAAGUGAAGGCGUAAUUCCCUCAGCUUGUCCUCGAUGCAUAGUUACCGAGAUAAAAAGUGGAAUGUAAGUUCAUUCUUGAGGUAAAGCAGCAACUAAGAGCUUUGAUUCGAAACAUUGGAUGUUAUCAUUUUAUUCCAUAUCUUAAUGUUUUUUAGUUCUUAACAACAGAACAUAUAUUAUAGAAUGUUAUGUUUUUUCAAUUUAAGAGUAUGUAAUUCUUUUCAUGCACAGUGUACAAAAUGUCUAUAAUGUAUAUUUUUUGCCAGUGCCUUUUUCAUUGUUUCAAAUGUGACGUGCUUUAGUAUGUGAACGCCAUUUAUGCUACCUUCUAGAAAUCUUACUAUUAUUGAUUUAAUUAUAUGAAGCGUUCAGUUUUUAUUUAUUACAAGUCGCAACCAUUAAGUUCAGGAGGAAAUAUUCUUCCAAAGAGGUAAAUGAAUAAUUUAGAGAUUUUUAAAAAUCAGUAAGAAUUUUGGGUCAUGGAAAAGGGUUGUUGAGUUUUGCCACUAUAAUGUUGUGGUUAAAAAUUAAGAAAGAAAUUUAAAGCCAUGAUUGAUGGUAUAGGAAAGAUCUGUAGUUUUUUGGAUUAAUAUUUAUCCCUGCUAAGCUUUUAAUGUGCUAUAUCCUCUUAAGAAAUAUUACACCGUCAUUUUUCUUUUUCUGCACGUAAUGUCUUAAGUAUAUGUAGUGGUGUCAUUCAACUUUUUUUUUCCCAUUGUGAAUCAAAUAAAACAUUUUCUUAUGUAACUCGGAGUACAUACUCUAUUACACCAGACCUAAAAGCAUGGCCAAUAUUUAGAUCAUCUGAAUACAUUCUGUGUCUCUUAUCUAUUUUUCUUUAAUUUGUUUUCUAAUAAGGGUUAUCACAUUCUUAGAGAGAGAAAGAAAAAAAAGAAUUUUUUACUGUUGAAACAGCAACAUGAGAUCCUGGAAAUGUCUGUACUGUUACGAUCUGAGAUACAUAAUACAUGCAAUUUGGUUUUGGACAUUUGGCCCAUUUUUUUAUGUAUGUAAUAAUGCUGCUGUUGAAAUCAUUACACGUAACACAUGUCCGAGUGGAAAGGAUGCAUCAAAAUUUAGCGUAUUUGGUUAAAUGUAAAACAGUAAAAAGUUUAGUUAAGAUUUCAGAUAUUUAAUUAUGUCAAUUUUAAACACAGACAAAACAUUCCUUUUUACUAAUCUUUUGUUGACAGUCCAAACAUCCUUCAUGUAUCAAGUUUACUGUUGUUGUUUUUUCAAAUUUUAAUGCUCAUCAUACAGUACUCUGCAUUGGUAAGGAUGAACAAGUUGGUGCAUCAAUAAAAGCAAGCAUUUUACAUUAAGCUUUUUAAGUCAUUUGAUUGCUGCGAAUCCUCAGUGUCUCAUAUCAUAUCCAAUGUAUAUGUGUGCCUCCAGCCAAAAAUGUACAUUAAAGUACGUGUCAUUAGAAGAAGCUAUCCAGUAUGUGAUUUUGUGCUAAUUUAUUACUUACACAGCAUUCAGUAUUGCCCAAGUGAAUUCAUAUUUUUAUAUAUUGAUGGUUCAGAACCAUUAAGCAGUUAUUUCGACACUCGCUAUAAAUUGUGAAUAUUGUAGAAAAACAAGAUUCGGUUAUUUCUACAUGAACUAUAAAUAGCGAAUACUGUAGAACCUCAAGGUGUUAAUUAUUUCUACAUGAACUAUAAAUAGUGAAUACUGUAGAAACACAAGGUUUUAGUUAUUUCUACAUGUACUAGAAAUUGCAAAUACUGUAGAAACAAGGUUUUAGUUAUUUCUACAUGCACUAUAAAUACUGUAGAAACACAAGGUUUUAGUUAUUUCUACAUGCACUAUAAAUACUGUAGAAACACAAGGUUUUAGUUAUUUCUACAUGAACUAUAAAUAGGAAUACUGUAGAAACACAAGGUUUUAGUUAUUUCUACAUGCACUAUAAAUAAUGAAUACUGUAGAAACUCAAGGUUUUAGUUAUUUCUACAUGCACUAUAAAUAGCGAAUACUGUAGAAACACAAGGUGUUAAUUAUUUCUACAUGCACACUGUAAAUAGUGAAUACUGUAGAAACUCAAGGUGUUAAUUAUUUCUACAUGCACUAUAAAUAUCGAAUACUGUAGAAACUCAAGGUGUUAAUUAUUUCUACAUGCACUAUAAAUAGUGAAUACUGUAGAAACUCAAGGUGUUAAUUAUUUCUACAUGCACUAUAAAUAGUGAAUACUGUAGAAACUCAAGGUGUUAAUUAUUUCUACAUGCACACUGUAAAUAGAAAAUUUACAUUGAUCUUCAUUAACAACUCAAAGAUCCAUGAUUUCACAUAAAUCAAUUUAACCAGGAUUAAGUAAGAUGGAAACAUACAAUACAUUUGAGAAGAUUUUUUAUAAUUAAUCAAUGUGAUAAUCAUGCUUUGGUGAGGUUAUGGUGUAAUAGAGCAUUUUGAUUGUUAAGUUAAAAAUUAACUGUACAGAGUAGAAUAGACGUGUCUUACCAGUUGCUUUAGUUAGAGAAACGUGUAGUGUGUGUGUGGUGAAAGUACCUUGUUAGCAGAACUGUGCUUUUUAAAGAAGUCCAGUUGUUCACUGUAGAAUGUGUGUGAUUUGGUCCAAGGAACACAUAUUACAUUCUUAAAAUAAAAUUCCUGAAAUAUAAAGAUAAUGAAGAAGAAAAAUAGUGCAGUGAAAGUUUUGAUGAGUUUUUCAUGAGAGCUUGUAGCUAGAUUAAGUAUAUUUUGUUUGUAUCCAUAGCAAUCUUCUAGGUAGACUACACGUCAGAUUGUAUCUAUAGCAACUUUAAUUAAA